ACAUAUGUAUAUCAUGUAAUCAAUAUGCAGUUCGUGUGUCAUCUUGUACCGAUAAAGUAAUAUUUGCAUGGCGCUGUCAUGGCACGCAAUUUAAACUGUGAUAGCAUUAAGCACGAGUACGUGAGAAAGAGCUAUAGCAUAACCACGAUCCGAUAUAUGUUAGAAAUUAUAAAGAUUAUAUUAUAUAGGAAUCACCCAUUCAUAUCAUCCAAGGAACAAGUAUGGCUCAUCGAGUUCUCAGUCGAUAUCCCAGAACGAUGGUACAUCAUUCGCAGAAAGUGGUGCAAAGGUUCGAGUACCUGCUCGUGAUGGACUUUGAGGCUACGUGCGACAAAAACCCAGUGCUCAAACCGCAGGAGAUCAUAGAACUACCGUGCGCAGCGGUGUCCACAUACGACUGGGAGUUGAAGGACACGUUUCACACAUAUGUCAGACCGAGGAUUCGCCCCGUGCUCACACCGUUUUGUACGGAUUUGACGGGGAUCAUGCAGGAGACUGUGGACAAUCAGCCUUGCUUCGCAGACGUAUUCACGGCGUUCCGGAAGUGGCUGACGAAGGGAGGGUACUUCGACAGGCCCGACAAGAGCUCGUUCGUGACAUGCGGCAGUUGGGACCUGAAGAUCAUGCUACCGGCCCAGUGUGAUUUAGACGGCAUCACGUUAUCGGAUGAAUUCAAACAGUGGAUAGACUUGAAGCAUACAUUCUGCGAAUCCACCGACUACUUCCCACGGAGCUUGAAAGACAUGCUCGCACGAUUGAACCUUCCACUGCAAGGACGUCUACACUCGGGCAUCGACGAUGUGAAGAAUAUGGUUUCGAUAAUACAAGCUUUGAGAAAUACGUAUAAUACACAAUUUAAAAUUACUUCAUCGUUAAUGACUUCCACAUUAAAUUUGGGCACCAAGCAGGAACAUGAAAGGGAACAUGAAAGAAAGAACACGUGAGAAUUAAUUAAAAAAUUGUUUUGCAUUAAGUAAAAAAUAGUCGUUUUGUAAAAUUUAUCACAGUAACUAUAAAUAAAUAUUUCAAUCAUAUUGUAAAUAUAUCUGAUCACUGUCGUUUUACAAUAACAUUAAUCAGU